AUGCGCGUCGCCCCGGCCGCCCCCUGGCACCGGUUGCUCCAGCUGCUGUUCCUGCUGGGACCACCAGGGCUGAAGGCUUCAGGGGUGGCGGAGCCGCCUCUGCCCACCGUGGUCCUUGCCAUCUUGGCCCGCAAUGCCGAGCACUCGCUGCCCCACUACCUGGGCGCGCUGGAGCGGCUGGACUACCCCCGGGCCAGACUGGCCCUCUGGUGUGCCACUGACCACAACAUUGACAACACGACGGGGAUGCUGCAGGAGUGGCUGGCAGCUGUGGGCGAUGACUAUGCAGCUGUGGUCUGGAGGCCAGAGGGAGAGGCCAGGUUCUACCCAGAUGAAGAGGGUCCUAAGCAUUGGACCAGAGAAAGGCACCAGUUUCUCAUGGAGUUGAAGCAGGAGGCCUUGACCUUUGCCAGAGACUGGGGGGCUGACUACAUCCUGUUUGCAGACACGGACAACAUUCUGACUAACAACCAGACACUGCGGUUUCUGAUGGAGCAGGGGCUACCCGUGGUGGCCCCCAUGCUGGACUCCCAGACCUACUAUUCCAACUUCUGGUGUGGCAUCACCCCUCAGGGCUACUACCGCCGCACAGCCGAGUACUUCCCCACCAAGAACCGCCAGCGCCGAGGCUGUUUCCGCGUUCCCAUGGUCCACUCCACCUUCUUGGUGUCCCUGCGAGAUAAAGGAACAGCUCAGCUGGCCUUCUAUCCACCUCAUCCCAAUUACAGUUGGCCCUUCGAUGACAUCAUUGUCUUCGCCUAUUCCUGUGAGGCCGCUGGGGUCUCAGUGCAUGUGUGCAAUGAGCACCGAUUCGGGUACAUGAACGUGGCAGUGCAACCACACCAGGGGCUGGAGGACGAGAAGGUCAACUUUGUCCACCUGAUCUUGGAAGCGCUAGUGUCUGGGCCCCCCAUGCAGGCCUCAGCGCAUGUGUCUCAGCCCCCGAAGAGGCCCAGCAAGCUGGGCUUUGAUGAGGUCUUCGUCAUUGGCCUGGCCCGCAGGCCCCAACGGCGGGCUCGCAUGCUGAGCUCCCUCUGGGAGAUGGAGAUCUCCGGGCGUGUGGUGGACGCUGUGGAUGGCCGGCUGCUCAACAGAAGCAUCCUCAGGACCCUGGGUGUAGACCUGCUCCCGGGCUACCAGGACCCCUACUCAGGCCGCACGCUGACCAAGGGCGAGAUCGGCUGUUUCCUCAGCCACUACUCCAUCUGGGAGGAGGUGGUGGCCAGAGGCCUGGCCCAGGUCCUGGUAUUUGAAGAUGAUGUGCACUUUAAAAGCAACUUCCGGGGGAGGCUGGUGCGGCUGAUGGAGGACGUGGCGACCCACAAACUCCCAUGGGACCUGAUCUACCUGGGCCGGAAGCAGGUGAACCCUGAGGAGGAGUUGGCUGUGGAGGGGUUCCCUGGCCUGGUGGUGGCUGGGUACUCCUACUGGACACUGGCGUAUGCCCUGAGUCUGGCCGGGGCCCGCAAGCUGCUGGCCUCCCAGCCUCUGCACCGCAUGCUGCCUGUGGAUGAGUUUCUGCCCAUCAUGUCUGACCAGCACCCCAAUGAGCAGUACAAGGCACACUUCUGGCCUCGGGACCUGCAGGCCUUCUCUGCCCAGCCCCUGCUUGCCGCCCCCACCCACUACGCGGGGGACAGCGAAUGGCUCAGCGACACAGAGACAUCCUCCCCCUGGGAUGAUGACAGCGGCCGCAUCAUCAGCUGGACUGGCUCCCAGAAGUCCCUGCGUGGCCCCAGCCUGGACCUGGCUGGCAGCAAUGGGCACAGCCUUCACCCCAAUCCCCGGGACGAGCUCUAGGUCUGAGCAAGAGUGCCUGGAGCAGAGGGAGACAUUACUGGCAGGAGUCACCAGGAGCCAGCACACACCUCGCUGUCAGCUUAAGUUUGGCCACUCUGCCCUCCAUUCAAGAUGGAGCCCAGCCAGCUGCCAGUGGCACAGACCUUUAAUCCUAGCUACUCAGGAAGCUGGGUCCUAGAAGACUGGGCAGAAAAGUCUGGGAGAUUCCACCAGCAAUGAACUAUCAAAAGGCCAAGCUGAAGUCAUGGCUCGGGUGGUAGAGCAGCAAGUGAGAAAGCCACAUAGUGAAAGUGUGGGCCUCAAUGCAGGCCUUGGACCUCGGCUUCCAGGGUGAAGCUGGAUUGACCCCAGAGUCUAUGUUCCCCGAGAAUUCAGCUCCUGGACCCUUCUGUCCCUGUCUACCUCCUCCUCAGUCUCCUCCCUGGCUCUAUACCUGGACCUCACCAACACCCUCUUGGUUGAUGGGAAGAACAGGGAAGUGGACACUGCAGGCCUGGUGCUUAGUAUAUAGUAGGCCCUCAAUAAAAGCCUGCUGUAUUUGCACUUUAUACUUCUUUA